GGAAGGGUUCUUGUUAUGACACGCCAAAAGCAUACCUGUGUGUCUCUAGGAUGACACACCCGGGCGAGCCUGCCGGAACACUUCGAUAUGUUCACUCAGACCUGAGUCUUGUCUUCUCCAAAAAGGGGUUGUUGCUCGAAGACUCAGUGUACGCUUAAGUGAACUGGACUUGUGUGGACUCCCUCCUCUUCCGCUGCACAACAUAAUACCACCACAGCAACAACACCACAGCACAACACAUCCGCUCAUUUGACGAAUACAAUUACACGCAACAUGCGCGGCCUAUUGAUUCUCCCCCUCGCACUAGGCGCAUACAGCCUUCCUCCACCCUCUCCAACCCCUCCGCCGCUGAUCCUUAUCACCCCCUUCCAAGCCUCCACGCCCAGCUGGACCUCCCUCGGCUGCCGUGUCGACUCCCCAUCACGCGCACUGACGGGUGCCUCCCAGAUUGGAGGUUCUAUUUCCGUGGAGAGCUGUGAGACGUUUUGCGCACAGGGGGGAUACGUGUAUGCGGGUGUCGAGUAUGGGGACGAGUGCUAUUGUGGUAACGAGUUGGAUAACGGGGCUGGAGGACAGGCGGCGGACAGCGACUGUAACAUGCCCUGCUCGGGAAACAGCGGAGAAACCUGUGGUGGAAGCUAUCGUCUCAACCUCUACAGCCGGACCGGGACGCCCACUUCCCCCACAGGCUGGACAAACCUCGGCUGCCGUGUUGAUUCCCCUUCACGCGCGCUGACCGGCACCUCCCAGAUCGGAGGCUCGAAUUCGGUGGAGAGCUGUGAGACGUUCUGCGCACAGGGGGGAUACGUGUAUGCCGGUGUCGAGUAUGGGGAUGAGUGUUAUUGCGGUAAUGAGUUGGAUAACGGUGCUGGAGGACAGACGGCGGAGAGCGACUGUAACAUGCCCUGCUCAGGAAACAACGGAGAAACCUGUGGUGGAAGCUAUCGUCUUAAUCUCUACAGCCGGACCGGAACGCCCACGUCUACUACCUCCCCCACAGCAACAGGCUGGACAAACCUUGGCUGCCGGGUCGAUUCGAGCGCACGCGCACUGACGGGACCUAUGCAGGAUGUAAACACGAACAGUGUCGAGAGCUGCGAGCGGUUCUGUCUUUCGCAGGGGUAUGUCUAUGCGGGUGUUGAGGUGAGUUUUAACACAUCAAUUGGGGAGUCAGGCUGA